AUGGCUCUUGUCUUGGCCGUGGGAACUCUCCUGUUCACCCUGAUAUUAGUGACCCCGUCCUACAUGGCCAUCGCCCGUGUCAUCCUGAGACUGCCCUCCACCCAGCAAAGGAGAAUGGCCCUUUCCACCUACUCCUCCCACAUAGUCGUGAUCUCCAACAUAUACGGCAGCUGUAUCGUUAUGUAUAUCAAACCAUCUGCCGGGAAAAGGGUGGAACUGACCACGGGUGUGGCAGUGCUUAGCAUGUCCUUGGCCCCCAUGCUGAACCCCUUCAUCUACACCUUGUGGAACCAGCAGGUCAGUCAGGCCUUCCAGGGCAUGGUGCACCAGGUUGAAUUUUCCUCCAGGAGGAAUCACAGAUCAGUCAUGAGAAACCACACUGGGUUUAUCCUCCUGGGCCUUAUGGACAAUUCGCACUUACUAGUGGUGAUUCUCCUCCACACGUCUGUCACCUACACAAUGAGUGUCACCGGCAAUCUGACCAUCAUUACCCUCAACUUGCUGGAGUCCCGCCUCCACACACCGAUGUACUUCUUCCUGCACAGCUUUCUCUUGCUGGAGAUCUGCUUCACGUUCGCCAGCAUUCCCAGAUUCCUGGCCACUAUCGCCACCAAGGACAGGACCAUUUCCUACAACUGUUUACUAAUCACUUUGGUGUUAGUGGUCAUAUCCUACACUACCCUCGCCCGCGCCAUCUUGAGACUGCCCUCCUCUCAACAGAAGAGAACAGCCUUUUCCACCAGCUUCUCUCACAUGGUCGUGGUCUCCAUCACAUAUGGGAGCUGCAACUUUAUGUACAUCAAACCGUCUGCCAAGGACAUGGUGGACCUGCAAAAGGGAGUGGCCGUGCUGAACACUUCCGUGGCCCUCAUUCUGAACCCUUUCAUUUACACCCUGCAGAACGAGCAGGUCAAGCAGAGCAACAGGGACCUGGUGCACCGCGUUGGAUUUUCCUCCAGGAGGUCUCCCUGUUACUUCAGCCCUUUGCCCUCAUCCACCCGGGGUGAAUCAAGCCUUUCCACUCCGCAAGAUAAAGAUGUUCCGACGUUUGCUCAGCGGGUCUAUGCCAAAACCAAUAGAAAUCCCAAGGUGUAA